AUGCUGAAGUUCUUCCAGAAAAACCGUCGUCGUAACAGUGAACCGGCUGCUCAUGUUCCUCCGAGGUUUAAUAUUGAUUCAAAUACAAGACAACGAGGAAUGUUGGAAACUACUCCAGUCAACGUGUACGGCAGUUCGAUGGAUCAUGGAUACGAGUCGGGGCCAAGCAUCGACCACUCGCGUCGGAGUUCUUUUGGCAUUCGAGAGAUUUCACUUCCGUCCCGUCGUCGCUACACAAUGCAGUCACGACUUCAAGUUCAGCGUGCCAAUGGUGAUGGAGGAAACCGAAAGACUUCGUAUCAGUAUGGAAUGAAUGCUCCCGGCGGCCAGACUAUGGAAACGGAUGACGAUAAUCUCAAACCAAUGCCAAUGACUCGUAGACGGAUGAGUGUUCCAGAGAAUGUAUUCAGAAGAGCGGAUUUCGCUAUUAUGCGUCCAUGUCGAAUUUUCAGCAACGAAGGCGCAUACGAAGUGCUCUCGGCAUUUGAUCGGCAUUCGGAUCCAUACCACACUUUCAUGAAGUCUAUCACAUGCUAUGACUUGCAGCCAACUCACAGCUCUUUGGUUGUUUUUGAUGGAAAAACAAAGGUCAAAGCAGCGGUGCAUGCUCUUUCUCAACAUGGACACAUUGCUGCAGUUGUCACCAACACUGACAAGUACCAAGCAGAAUGUGUUUUCAAUAUGGGAGACUGUCUCACUGCUAUCCUCUUGGUGGCAUCUGGAAACCGCGAGGUUGCCACCAUGACAUUGGUUGAGUUCUUGAAGGAGAUCGGAUCCGGAAACAUCAUUUGCAGUGGUGUGCAAAACAGCGUCUGGGAAGCUGCUAAUAUCAUUUCACACAACAAAAUUAGCUUCAUUCCGAUUUUUGAUACGAUUAUUCCAAAGCCAGGGACACCACUGUUCUUCUUGACAACUCGUAUGAUUCUUCAGGAGACUGUUCUCAAACUGAGUGACUUUGGAGAUGCGAUUCUUCUUCACGUGCGUCAGGCAACCCUCGAUCAAAAGAAAAUUGGCACGUGGAAUGGCGAUGUCUUGAAGAUUGGUUUGAACACUACCAUCGAGGACACCAUUAAAAUGAUGGCUGAGAAAAAAAUGUCAAGCAUUCCAGUCGUCAAUGAUUUUAACCAAAUCGUGAAUAUGCUUGCAAGAAAGGACAUUAUUUUGGAGAUCAUGAGCCAUCAAGGCGGAAACUUCCACGACAUGCUCAAAGAGCCAGUCAAAAUUCUUCGAUCUCUUCAGAAUCCGUUGGUCUAUGGACGCACCAAUUUCACGGUGUUUGAAACUGUUGCCAAACUUAUAACUUCGGAUAAGAGUUGCUUGCCAAUCAUCGAUGAAGGAAAGCGUAUCUUAGCUGUGGUGUCCUCAAGAGACAUUCUGAGUUACAUUCAAACAGCAGAAAGGACACCAACCGAAGAUAGAUCUUCAUCAAGCAACUCGAGUACAUCUAGUAUGCCAAAAACCGCAAAGUAA